AUGAAAGCUAAAGUCAAUGUUGCAGGUCAUUCUGUAAGGACUCUUCAACGUCGUAUACAGGCUGCUGAGUUUUCAAGAGACACAAAUGUUCAGGUGAGUGCACAUAUGAUUAAAUAGAUAUGAAAUAUAUUUGAAAACAUAUAUAUAUAUAUAAUUAUACUCCAAGAGCUAGGUUAUUCGAACAUUUACUGCAACUCUGAGUUUCAUGCUUCUUGCGAAGCAAUCUUCAGGCAACAAAAAAAUGUAAAUGUUCGAAUAACCUAGCUCUUGGAGUAUAAUUAUUCUUAGCUCUAGCUCUGCUAUUGAGCACUUUAUAGUAGAUGAGGAUUUCUUUCCACUUGUUAUUCUUUUUUUCUUGCUAGGUCGCUGUUCUUAAGAAGAUUAAAGAAAGAAACAAAAACGGACGUUGGUGGAUUAAAGCAGAUGCAUGUGACCUGCGAAAGGGACUGCGUGAGUCAAUGCGUCAUGAGUGGGCAGGAGAUUGUGACCUGGGAGAUGGAAAGCUUCAAACUUUAUAUCAGGAAUACAUGGACAGAAAAACCUUCUAUGGUGGAUUAGGACUUAAGGAUCGAAGAGUAAGAAUGAAAGAAGAUAUGGCGCUUGUGAUUUCUGGUUUGGAUAACGAUUUAAGGUUUCUGGUUGGUGGAGAGAAAGCUGCAAAAGACAAGUAUGCAGCUAAACAACGUCAGUCAAAUGCUUCUGAAGAUGGCAUGUUUGCAUUGGCUUGGGAGUGUGAAUGCUUCCAGACUCUCAUUAACAUUAACAAAGACCUAAAGUCUUCAAUUUCCAGCCUGCACUUAAGAAUUUCAACAAACCAGAGAGAUGGUAAUAUUGCUGGUGAUCUCACUUCUUUACGCCAAAGGCUUCUUUCCUAUGCUAAGGAUCUUUUUUCCAAGCAUAGAGAAGCUGCCUCUCAUCUCAUGGUGUUCAUGAUAGCCGAUGAAAAACGCGACAUGAAGCCCUAUGCUGUUCCUGUACGAUUUAUACCUUACCACAGUGUGACUGACAAUAAACUGCGUGAACUGUGUAUGGAGCUACGGAGUGCCAUGGUAAAUUUGGGAAUGCUUGUGGUUGGUGAGUUAAGAUUUUUCUUUAAUUGUCUCUGUUAACUACCUUAAGUUUAUACAACAGAAAGGGGCUGCUCUGCUGCUUAAAAGCCACCUUUCUCAGACCAGACUGGCAUAGCGCUGAGUAUAUUGGUACUUUUAGAGUGCAUAGAGCCUGUUGAAUUUUUAAAUAAUUGUCAUUUUUUUACUCAGCAACUGAAUGGUGAUUUGCAUCUUCACCCGCCCACCCCCCCCUCCCAAAAUUGUAAUUUGAAAUAAGCCAAACAACAAUUUAUUUAUCUGAUUUUUGUUUGUUUUAGGCACUGUCACAGAUGGAGAAUUUAACUCCAUCCGCACUAUGGGAUCAAAAAGAGCUAUUUCCAUAAUUCAAGUGAUGAUGGAUUCAAAGUCAGAGGCUAGAAGCACCAAUGUUAAUGCCAUACGGAGGUAUUUCACACCAGUUGCAGUCCCAGGUAACUUUUCUUUAACUGAUGUUUUAUCUAUGCCAAAAUCUGACCACUGGAAAUUCUUCACUAUCAUAUGUGUGUGUGUAUGUGUGUGUGUGUUGUAGGUGGAAAUGAAAUUCAGGUUAAAAUGAUUUCAACCUAGAUUGAUUUGAAUCUCCUUUGUUUCGAAGAGGCAAUUCGCAUGUAUUUUAAAACCUUAACUUUUCUUCCUAACAGGUGCCAAUGGGACAUUUUCUGUAAGAGGUCAGGCUCAACACCCAGCCAUUCCGGUUGAGGACAUUGUAUGGCUUUAUGACUUCAUGAAUGCUGAUGGCAAUCAAGUACCAUUUGAAAGCGCCAUCCACAUUUUAAAACGGAAGCUGUUUCCUGCCAAUUAUGACCCUUAUCCUUGGGAUGCAAAAAGUAUAUGCUGUAGUUUGUAAUAUCUUUCUUGUUUUAUGAGCACUAUUACCCUCAAAUGGUACGGCAUGAAGUCCAACUACUAAUUUAAAAUUGCAUAUUAAAUAACAAAAUUUAAAAAUGAAAUUAUUAUUACAUUAAAUCUCUGCCUGUGCACGGGCUGUUAUAGAGGAUCAGUAGGGCCAGUUUAUAGGCUACCCAUGGCCUAAGGUGCCAUGUACUGUCAAUGUACCUUUCAGUUCUAUUUAUCAUUUAUUUUCAAUUGUUUCUUUUCCUUUAAACAGUGGCUGAAGAGGAUACCAAAGGUUGUCUUAAGUCUUUGAUGGCAACAUACUUGUUCCGCUACAAAAUAAAACGAAUGAAAGAAGAAUUAAAUGUGGACUUCAGCAAACACCUUUACCAGCCUGAAUUGUGUGAUGUCACUGGGGAAUACAUACAUGAGAGAGAAGACCACAACCAUGUUCUUAAACGUAUCACUGAAUGUCUUCGUGCAGGUGAAAUCCCAGGGGUUGACACCCGCUACUUCAGAGAUGCCCUGCAUGAUGCUCAUUCAGGUUAAUAACAAUUAUUUGUGUUGUGUGCGUAGUCUAUUAAAGGCCCUUGUUCAUCCAAAAUGCAAUGUGCGCCCAAGCUUAUUUUUUGCACUGAUGGAAAAUCUAAAAAUUAACGUUCCAGGCAAUCAUAAUGCUACAUUGAACAAUUGAACCUGUUUUAAAACAAAAACACAAACACACACAGCAGAUUGGGUGAACAUGUACCUUUAAUCAUGAUGUUUUGAUAAUAAUGAUUCAUUUGACCCCCUCUGGGUUUAAAUGAAUUCUUGUAUUCAUACCUGUGUACUACAGGUAUAUUGAUGACAUAGAAAAUGGCAUUCUGACAUUUCUUGCUUUGAUUAUUUUUUGAUAGUUCGUGAAAGGGUUAAUAGCCUUUUUUUUUUUGUCUUUUCACAUUAUCCUUAUAUGAACUGAUGUAAUUCAUUCUAAUAAUUACUAUCCCUUUAACUCCCAAGGGUGCCAAAGAAAAAAAAAUUCAAGAAAAAUACCAGAUUUCAUUUUGUAAAAUAUUGAAAAACUAAUGUUUCCGUAAAAAUGUACUGCUGAAGAGGUUUCAUUUGAAUGGUCACACCAUACGAUUUUGUCCACAGACUCAAAAGUUAGAACUAGUGCUUUACAUGUCUCCAUAAUUAUUGACUGUGGAAGUGAAAGGGUUAAUAUUAUUAAUGUUCUUGUCAUGACCAUGACAACAAAAUUGCUUUGACCUACCACAUGUACAUUUUUUUUCUUUCACUGAAAAUUUCUCCAAAAUACAAAAGGAAUUUGCUUACAUACAAAAUAUGUAAUUGAGCAGUAUUUAAAAAGGAAUAUCAAAAAGUUUUUGGAAGCCUCAGCAACGGCAUUUUUUUUUUAAUACAGGUUUAACUUAUGAGGCUUUAACUGGAAAACAGAAACAGUCAGUACCACAUUGUGAACAGGUGUUUUCAAAGGGUGUACUGGAGUUCAUGCAAAGGAAUGGCCAUACUUCAGAGGCACACUUUGUUGAAACUGUUCGAAACUGGCAUAAGGCGGCAGAUGGACGGGGACUAUCAGAGGAAACACGGUCAAAGUAUAACAAUGACAUGAUCAAUUUUCUGUUGACUGAUUGGAUGCCCUGGCAUGAGUACGAAAGGGACUUUUCAACUAUUGAUGUCAUGCGCCCUAUAAAGGGUAUUAAAGGUUUCACUAGAGAAAUUGUGGUUGCUUUGAUUGCGAACUGUGAAAGCCUUGAACUCCGUCGAGCAGAGUAUCAAGAGAGGUUUGCCCCGGAGCACCCACGUGCAAGCAGCACAGAUGACGUUGAAGGCUUCAUUGCACAUCUCCAUGAUCAACUUGGAGAUGUGUUUGACCACAAGGAAUUUUUAGAACAGCAACCCAAAAUUCUAAAUGAGUUUACCAAGAAGAUAGACCCAGAGCUUCAAUUUUACUACUGGACAGGACACCGACAUCGAUUCACAACUGCCCCACUGCCUUCCUUCAAUGAUGCAUCAGGUCAAACAGAAAGAUUGGACAGGGUUAGGUUGUCAAGACGUUCUGAUCCAGGGGUUUUUGUGGCAAAUAGGGCAUCCUUGCCACAAAGAAAUUCUCUGACAGUCAGGGCUUCAUUUCACAGAGCACCAGAACAAUUACCUCCACCACCAACAGUGUAG